ACCCUCUGCAAGCUCAAUUAAAGCUACUGAAACUCUGAAAAGUGAACGAUGCUAUAAUUCCCCACAACCAACUACUGCAACCUGCAAAUUUGGAGGAAGGGAGCCGGCCGCCAUUGAAGCAAUAAAGAAAAAGAAAAAAAAGCAAGUAUUCUUCCCUUCUGUCUAGCUUGUUCGCUUGGAAUUUUUUAGAUGGGGAAGCUGGGGAAGAAAGCGAGGAAGUUCGCGAAGAAGAAUCUUCAAUCAGUCCUUCGGCAGAGAAGGAAAAAUAAGGCUUUUUUAUCCAAGAAGAAAUCUUUUUCCAGAGAUGAUCAGAGUCCUGGGAAAGACAAACUUGAUGACACUCUGGACCACUCUAAGGGAAGAAACACUGAUGUUGAAGAUGUUGGGGAUACUUCUCUUGAUGCUGUGUUCACAAAAGAUGACUCUGACAUGUUUGCUGAUAUUUCAGAUAGUGACGGAUAUCUUUCAGAGGACUCAAGCUGUCCUCAUGUUGUAGGAAGUGAGAUUGGCAAAUCAUUAGAAGGAAAUAAACUUUUCAGUUCAUUAUCAACACAGAAUGAAAAAAUUCACAAGGAUCUUGCCAUGCAAAAGAAAAAAUUAAACAGGCUGAGGAAGAAGGAUCCAGAAUUCAGCAAGUUCUUGAAAAACUACAAGGGCAUAGAAAAUUCUCAAAAUGGAAACAUGUAUUCUGAUGAAGAUGAGGAGUCAAAGAAAGUGAUACAUCUGGUAGAUAAUAAUGAAGCUGCUGAAGACAAAGGCAAACUUUUUACAAGUUCUGCUAUUAAUUUGUGGUGUCAAUUAGUCAAAGAAGAGCAUAGCAGUUCUGCCUUUGUUUGUCUACUUAAUGCAUAUCGAGCAGCUUGCCACUAUGGAGCUGAGUCAUUAGUUCAUCAAAUUCAGAACAGCGAGACCUUCUGUAGCAUAUUGAUGUUUGUGCUUUCUGAGGCGGAUGAUAUUUUUCGGAGGCAGUUGCAGAUAUCGUCAGUCAAUUGUAAAAAGGAAACCAUAUUAGAGCUGCAGAAUACCUCUAAAUGGCAAACUAUAAAGCCAUUUGUCAAGUCCUACUUCAGAAGUACAUUGUUUUUGUUGGAUCAAGUGGCUGAUUCAGACAUCCUAAAUUUUGCUUUGAACCGACUCAGAGCUUCUCUAAUAUUCUUUGCGGUCUUCCCAUCGCUGCUGCACAGACUCAUUAAGACUACAGUCCAUUUGUGGGCAACUGGAGGAGGGAUUCUUUCCUCAACUUCCUUCCAAAUAAUACGGGAUGUUGCUGCACUAUUCAGUGUUGAUUACUUUGACACCUGCAUAGCUAAAACUUUCGUUGCUUAUAUGGCUCAGAGCAGGGUUUCUAAGAUUCUUAAUAAUAGACACUUGCUGUUUUUGGCAAAUUGCAUCGUUGAAAUUUGCUCUUUGGAUGUGCAAAACUCGUCUCGUAAGGUCCUAGAUUCUAUUUCUCAACUUUCCAGAAUAUUGCGAUGGGGCCUGCAAACAAAGAAGAAGGAAGUGCUGAAAAAGAUAUGCAGUUGGGAGUAUGCUAACUGCAUUGACCUUUGGGUUAGAUUCAUAUCAGUCAACAUACAAGAUCACGAUCUUCAACCUUUAUUGUUCAGGAUCAUUCAGCUCAUAAAUGGAGUUGCUUGCAUGUUUACUGGUCCAAGAUAUCUUCCUUUGAGAUUCAAGUGCAUCCAGUGGCUUAAUAAUCUAUCAACUUCGAGUGGCAUCUUUAUUCCUGUUGCAUCAUAUGUGUUGGAUGUGCUGGAAAUUGAUAAUGUCAAAGAGGGUGGAAAGCUGGGAAAUGCCUUAGACUUCUCGACUGUCCUUAGGUUGCCAAAAAGUUGUUUAAAAUCAAAAACCUUCCAAGAGGAAUGUCUUUCAUCUGCGAUUGAGCAACUGUCAUUUCACUUUUCCCAAUGGAGUUAUCACAUUUCCUUCCCAGAGUUAGCAACUAUUCCUCUUUUUUAUCUAAGAAAGUUUCAUGAUCGUACCAGUGCCGAAAGUCUACGCCGUACUGUGAAGCGCUUGAUUGACCAGAUUGAACAGAAUGUCAACUUUGUGCAGAAAAGAAGAGAUGAGGUAGUUUUUUCGCCCAAAGAUCAUCAAUCUGUUGAAACAUUUCUCCAGCUUGAAAAGUCUGGAAAGAAUGCUUCAUUCACUCAAUAUUACCAAAGCAUCCUGGAAAGGGCUGCUCUAAGAAGUUUGUACAAGGAAAACAUAAGCUCACUGAAGCAGAAAAAGUCAAAGAGAAAAAGAGGGCAGCAGAUAGAAAAUUCAAGGGAUGAAGGUUCGGGUGCUGAUCCUGCAUUAAAUGCUGCUGCUGCCAAUGGAACUUCGGGUUUCAAGGGGAAUGAAAGACGAACUCCAAAAGUGAAAAGAAUGUAGCAUUGUUCUUUCAUUAAAGGUUCGAGGAAAUGUGAUUGAUUUUGAUUCCUAUUUCGGCCAUUAAGCUGAGCGUUUUCAUAUGCAUUAUUCAUUGGUAGCCGGUUCUUGGAGUUUCUUAUUGGUUAUAAAAGAUCACUGCAAGCAGCGGAUCAUCCGUGA